CAUCACAGAGAGCCAUGAACAUUGAAGUCAGUGGGCGUAUCCGUCCCCUUGUCCCAGGUGAGGGGAAGGAAAACUUAUCAAUUGAAGGAACACAAAGGCUGACAGCUCCAGGAGGACACUUCUUCCACUUCCAGAACCUUUUCAGGAGGGAAUCGACCACAUAUGACAUCUUCCGGAACUCGGUCGAGCUGCUGCUGGAGAUGCUGAUGUCAGGCUUCAAUGUGUGUCUGCUGGUGACGGGGGAGAGUGGGUCGGGCAAGUCCUACACUAUGGCAGGGGAGAGCAGCGCCAGGGCGGGACUUGUACAGAUGGUCUUCGAUUACCUCUUUGCCAAACUCAUGGAAGACACAUUCAAGUCAGAUACAAAGACAAAACGUAAAAACCCCAAAGUGUACAUCCAGAUGUAUGAGAUCUAUAAUGAGAUGGUCAAGAAGCUCUUGGAGGUUCCCCAGGGCCAGUCUGUGUUCUCAAACAUCACAGAGUCCGCAGAUAAGGGCAUACAUGUCAGGAAAGCUAUGCCAGUACAUGUGAAGGAUGCCGGCGAUGCUAACCUUCAGUUCCGCUCCGGCUGGGGGCGUAGAACAGAGGCUUCAACGGACUACGGGCCCGCACAGAAUAAUGCAGCCAUCUUACUCAAUAUUGAUCUUCAUAUGAAUGUUGGUGAGAGCUCCCUCCUGAGUAAGUCCAGGCUUACCAUCGUUGAAUUACCGGGACUCGAGAAAUUAGGCGAGGAUCCGUCUCACAUCCGACUCCGAGAGGGGCCAACCCUCAGCAAGGCCCUGCUGUCUUUGCACCAAGUGACCACAUCCCUCGCAUCCAACCCUUUCCCUGACAGGGUCAUCAGUUAUAGUGAGUCGAAGCUCACACAGCUACUGAGAGAGGAGCUCGGCGGGAACUGUAAGACCCGAGCUUUGGUUUGUCUGAAGCCAGUCACCACACCGGAGACACUCACUGCUGUCAUCAAGUUUGUUACCAACCUUUCACAGAUAAAGAACUUCCCCAUACUCAACGACAACUUUGCACAGAGCCUUCAGACCCAGUACCGCGCGAGGAUCAUCGACAUGGAGACCCAGGUUGGGGUGGGGCCCAACACCAUGAUGGCCCAGUCUGUGGGGGCACAUCUCGGAGAUGCUAAAGAUGAAGUCAGGAGGCUGCAGUCAGAAAAUCUUGUCUUGAAGGAUCAGAAUGACCGACUGGCCAUGCGCCUUGACCAGAUGACAGCCAAGUUUAAUGCCCUGGCCAACACAAAAACAGACUUGUCCAAGCAGCUGCUCAUGAGCGAGGAGGAAAAACUCAAGGUGUCGCAGUCCUUGGUGGAGAUGCAGAUAGAGAACAACAAAGUUCGAGAAGACACAGAGGCUGGCAGAUUUGAACUGACCAAUAAAAUUAUAACACUGGAGAACCAGCUUAUGACAGCGGAGGCAGAGAGAGAUAAACACAUGAAGUCUGCCAAGAAUGCCAAAGAGAGGCUGAACGAGAUGGAGCAGGACCGGAAGGAUCUGGCAGAUGAAUACGUCACUCUCAAGUCCAACUACCUCGCUCUCACCAACGAACAUCAGCAGGAGGUGGCAAGGAACGAGACAUUAGCUGUGGAGCUGUUGAACCUGGUGAAUGCGAAGGCAACCCUCAUGAGACAGCUGCUUAUCCUCACUAAUGGGGACCCUAAAAUCGGCAACCCUGAUGCUGAGAUAGACAGGAUAAAAGCCAUUGUCACCAAAUACUCUUCUGGCAGAGUCAAGGCAGACCAGAUUCUCAGCACACAGAGAGACAGGGAUGUUGUAGCUGAGUCUCUGUUGUCAAGCCGGAAGCGUCACCAGACUGACCUGGACAGGAUACGGAACGAGUAUGGUGAUCAGUCAGCCACUUAUGAAAAGAGGAUCACCGGGCUGAUCAAGGAGCUCCAGGAUGCCAGGAACCUGGCCCGAGACAGACAACACAAGAUAUCAGAAAUCAAUGCUAAACUGAUCACCCUGAAGGGAGACAAGGAGAUGCUGGAGACUCAGUGUAACCGACUCCAACACAAGGUCAAGGACCAGGGAGAGGACUUCCGACUCCGUCUCAUCAAAUAUGUGGAGGACAUUGCUGACUAUGUGGACAAGGGCAGCGGUGUGCCUGGGGAGGCCCAUGUGACCAAGAUGCGGGAGUAUGCUGAUGGUAUGAUGAAGGACAUAAAGAGGUCUCACAGAGAGCGGGAAGACCAGCUCAGCCAUGCCGCUCAGAGCUUCAAGGCCAGGCUGAAGAAAGCCAACAGGAGAUAUGAAGAGGCACUUGUAGCUCACUGGAACCUGCGCCAGACGUGUGAGAACCGAGGCAUUGACACAGUGGACAUGGGUCCAGAUGCUCUGGCCAUCAACCUAACAGAUGGGGAGAUCCAGUCAGCUCAUCUGAAGGAGAUCGGCCGGCUGCAGAGUGAGCUCAACAACUACCGCAACGACCUUGAUGGACUCAAGGUCAAAUUUGGUGUCUUUGAUAGAGAUGGUAAAGUCAAUCUUGGUGACUGGAACAACAUCCGGAAGCACCUGCGGGAGUACACACUGACCACACAACAAAACCUGGAGGACGAGAGGGCCAGAUUGAUGAGUGAGAACAACGUCUUGAGAGAACAGCUCCAGGAGAGUCAGUCCUAUAUAGACAACCAUCUAGCCAGGUACAAACAGGAAAUUGUGAAACUGCGUCACCAGUUGGGGAUUAAAGAGGAUGCACUUCUGAUGACUGAGAGGAGUCUGAGUAAAGUGAGGACAAGACGCAAGUGACGAGGCUUCUCUCCAGGCAUCAUCACAUCUUCCACACACACUGCAAUGGUCACCUUGCUGCUCCACUGAGGUGCACACUGUGUCACACAUACUAGACAUAGUUUCACAGUGAUUUAACUAGACUUGUCUCCAUUCCACAUUGCCAUAGAGAAUUAAUAUUGAACUUUUGUGGGAGUAAUAUGAUAUUGUCUUCCAAACAAAUAGAUUGAAUU